AUGGCCCGACCCAUGGGGUCAGUCCGUCUUAAGAAGGCGAACCCCUGCACCCUCGCCUUGGGCGCCGUCCUUUGCAUCUUCAUCUUCGUCUUCCUCAUCUCGCCCUCGAAACCCGCCGCCCCCGGCCGGCCCGCCGCUGCCACCGCGCAGCAUCACUUGUCGCCCCCUACGCUGCCCUACCGAAAGGCCAGGUCGCGAUCCGGAGACCAUGCCGGCCCCCCGCCCGUCACGCGAUACAACCUCAACCACGUCACCGUCACGCCGCGCCCGAUCGAGAACCGCGAGAACAUCCUCAUCCUGUCGCCCAUGGCGCGCUUCUACCAGGAGUACUGGGACAACCUGCUGCGGCUGAGCUACCCCCACGACCUCAUCACCAUCGGCUUCAUCCUGCCCAAGACCAAGGAGGGCAACGCGGCCACGGCGGCCCUGCAACAGCAGAUUGAGCAGACGCAGAAGCGCGGCCCCGAAGCCAACCGCUUCAAGAGCAUCAUCAUCCUGCGCCAGGACUUUGACCCGGCCCUCAGCUCCCAGGACGAGAGCGAGCGCCACAAAAUGUCCAAUCAAAAGGAACGGCGGGCCGUCAUGGCAAAGGCCCGCAACUCGCUCCUCUUCACCACCCUCGGCCCCGCCACGUCGUGGGUGCUGUGGCUCGACUCGGACAUUGUCGAAUUCCCGCCGACGCUCAUCCAAGACCUGGCAAAGCACGACAAGCCCGUCAUUGUCGCCAACUGCUUCCAGCGCUUCUACAACCAGGACACCAAGAAAAAAGACGAGCGUCCAUACGACUACAACAGCUGGCAGGACAGCGACAUUGCAACAAAGAUGGCCACCACCAUGGGGCCCGACGAUAUCUUGCUCGAGGGGUACGCCGAAAUGGCCACGUAUCGCACUCUGAUGGCCCACAUGAGCACCCCCGGCGGCGACAAGGACCUGACGGUCCCGCUCGACGGCGUUGGCGGCACGGCCCUGCUAGUCAAGGCGGACGUGCACCGGGAUGGCGCCAUGUUCCCGCCCUUUGCCUUUUACCACCUGAUCGAGACGGAGGGGUUUGCCAAGAUGGCCAAGAGACUAGGGUGGCAGCCGUACGGGCUUCCCAACUACAAGGUCUACCACUACAAUGAGUGA